AUGGCCCACGUAUCAGAUAUUAAACUGAUAAGAACAGAUACUACACUUGAUCUUAGCCAAAAGGCCGAGAAAGGUAUGAGUUCUUCUGAGGCGUGGAGGGCUUUAUAUAGACAUUUCUUGUCGUGCUAUCAUAAACAACCGAUGUGGGACUAA